CCAUAAACGCAUACCCACAAAAACGACUACUUUUUAUGAGACUUUUGUCACAACAAUUCUGUCUCUUUUACUUUAGAUCUCUCUCCAUACUUUCUCUUUCUAUUUUCUCUCCAUUUCAGCAUUGUUAAUCAUCAUCCAGCCAUCACAUGUGAUGCGAGGGCUCUAAAAGGAUCAUAAUUUGGUCAAACAAAAUUUUGGAAUAAUUCGAACGGAAGCCAAAUUUUGUUUUGGGUUUUUAAUUCAAUAUUCAGCCACUCAGCUUGUGAAGUUUGAUCUUUGUCUUCUACAUGUUGCAGUCAAAGUAGGAGGCAGAUUUCCUUUUGGUGCUUUGGGUUAACGAUAAUAAUGAGGGGGAGAUCUGAUGAAAAUCAAAAGAAGCGAUUGGUCACCUGGGUAGUAGUUUUGGUGACCAUUUGUUUUGUACUUUAUAUGUGUUCUCAAAACCAUGGUUCUCCUGCUGUAGAGUAUGGUAGCAAAUCUUUGAGGAAAUUUGGUUCCUCAUAUUGGGGUGGCGAUGAAGAUGCUGAUGAUUCUUCCACCAAAUCAAUUGAAUAUGUAGAUGAUGGUAAUAUACUAAAAAGUAUUCCGGUUUGUGACGAGCGGCAUACAGAACUGAUUCCUUGCCUAGACAAGAACUACAUGUUUCAGUCAAGACUGAAACUGGAUCUAUCUGUGAUGGAACAUUACGAGAGACAUUGCCCACCACCUGAGAGGCGCUUCAAUUGCUUGAUUCCUCCUCCACCAGGGUACAAGAUCCCAAUCAAGUGGCCCAAGAGCAGAGAUGAGGUAUGGAAGGCAAAUAUACCUCAUACACACCUCGCUACUGAAAAGUCUGACCAGAAUUGGAUGGUUGUCAAAGGUGAAAAGAUAUCAUUUCCAGGGGGAGGAACUCACUUUCACUAUGGAGCUGAUAAGUAUAUUUAUUCACUAGCGCGUAUGCUGAGAUUUCCACACAACAAAAUAAACAACAGGGGAAAAGUCCGGACAGUUUUGGAUGUUGGCUGUGGAGUUGCAAGUUUCGGAGGAUACCUACUUUCUUCUGAUGUUUUAACAAUGUCAUUAGCCCCCAAUGAUGUCCAUCAAAACCAAAUCCAAUUUGCCUUAGAGAGAGGAAUUCCUGCUUAUCUUGGUGUUUUAGGGACAAAGAGACUUCCUUACCCAAGUAGAUCUUUUGAAUUUUCACAUUGUUCUCGUUGUAGGAUUGAUUGGCUUCAAAGGAAUGGAAUUCUUCUUCUUGAGCUAGAUAGGGUACUCCGGCCAGGAGGCUAUUUUGCCUACUCAUCUCCAGAAGCCUAUGCACAGGAUGAAGAAGAUCUAAGAAUUUGGAAACAAAUGAGCGCCUUUGUGGAAAAGAUGUGUUGGAAAAUAGCUGCGAAACAGGACCAAACUGUUAUUUGGGUUAAACCUCUGACGAAUGAUUGUUACAUGGAACGACCACCUGGUACUGAACCUCCACUAUGCAGAUCUAAUGAUGAUGCAGAUGCUUUUUGGGGUGUGCCAAUGGAAGCUUGCAUCACUCCUUACUCAGAACAAAUGCAUCGAACAAGAGGCAGUGGAUUGGUUCCUUGGCCUGCUCGCUUGACAACUCCUCCUCCUCGUCUGGCUGAAAUUGGCUAUUCUAAGCGAAUGUUUGAAAAGGACAUGGAACUUUGGCAGCAAAGAGUGGGACAUUAUUGGAGUCUUUUGAGCUCAAAGAUUAAGCCUAAUACGCUAAGGAAUAUAAUGGACAUGAAGACACACAUUGGUUCAUUUGCAGCUGCUCUGAAGAACAAAGACGUUUGGGUUAUGAAUUUGGUGUCUGAAAAUGGACCCAACACUCUCAAGAUAAUAUAUGACAGAGGCUUGAUAGGCGCUCUGCAUAACUGGUGUGAAGCAUUCUCAACUUAUCCAAGAACUUAUGAUCUGCUCCAUGCUUGGACCGUCUUCUCUGAUAUUGAAAAAAAAGGCUGUAGUGCAGAGGAUCUAUUGAUCGAGAUGGACAGAAUACUGCGGCCCCAGGGUUUCAUCAUUGUUCGUGAUAAGCCACCGGUGGUGGAGUUAAUAAAGAAAUAUCUACCGGCAUUACACUGGGAAGAAGUAGCAACAGCCGAUUCCAACCGGGAAUUGGAACAAUAUGAAGAUGACAUAAUCUUUAUAAUUCAAAAGAAGAUGUGGUACACUAGUGAAAGUUUUAGUGAUUCAGAGUGAGACGGUGAGCAUCAUUGUCUUCCCAUAUCUUACCUUAUUCCAAAUACAGCAUUGCGGGGCUUGAAGUUGCCCAAACUGUGCUGGUGGUUAUAUAAUUUUGCCAGAGGUGAUGUUCCUUGGUCUUUUUGCUCAUUACUCGGAAGUAAAAUGCUUACCCACAUUAUUUUCAUUAUCUCAGUCAGGAUUGUAAGAUGAUUACAUUGAUAAAUCUCGUAUAGGGAACUGUUAAGAUUCUUUAUAUA